AUGGUUUCCUCCAUCGCAGUUGGUGGUGACGCCAAAAAGAUGGAGUUAGAAUCCAAGGAAUCACUCUCUGCUACUGAUUUAGACAUGCCAUCUUUAGUGAAUAGAUCAUCUGAAACUUUUAUUGGAGGAAGUGGAAGUGAUCUGAGCAUGUUCUCAAGCUCAUUGCCAACACUUCUUCAUGAAAAGCUGAACAUGACUGAUUCAGAUAGCUGGCUCUCACUUGAUGAUAACUCACCCAAUCUGAACAACAAACUUGGCAUAGGCAACUCAGAGAAAGAUUCCUUGGAAGAUGUUGAGCCUGAUUCUUUGCUUCCUGAGGAUGAAAAUGAGCUCCUUCCUGGCCUCAUUGAUGAGCUUAAUUUCAACGGGAUGUCUGAUGAGCUUGAAGAUCUCGAGGAGUGUGAUGUUUUCUGUAGUGGAGGAGGUAUGGAGUUGGAUGUUGAGUCCCAAGAGAAUCAGGCUGUUGAUGCGUCAGGGAAGCAGAUAUCUGCUGGAAAUGCAUUUGGUCCUCGUAAACGCUCCAAUACAUCUGGCAGAGUUUCAGUAGAACAUCCGAAUGGUGAGCAUCCUUCAAGGACAUUGUUUGUAAGGAACAUCAACAGCAGUGUCGAGGAUUCAGAGUUAAGCGCUCUCUUUGAGCCGUUUGGGGAGAUCAGGAGUUUGUACACUGCAUGCAAAAGCAGGGGUUUUGUAAUGAUAUCCUACUAUGACAUCCGAGCUGCUCAUGCUGCAAUGCGUGCACUACAGAACACGCUCUUAAGAAAGAGGACAUUGGACAUUCACUUCUCCAUUCCUAAAGAAAAUCCGUCAGAGAAGGAUAUGAACCAAGGAACUCUUGUGAUAUUUAAUGUGGACACAACAGUAUCAAAUGAUGAGCUCCUAAAGCUGUUCAGUGCCCAUGGUGAAAUUAGAGAGAUUAGAGAGACACCAAACAGGAGAUUCCACAGGUUCAUUGAGUACUAUGAUGUUAGAGAUGCAGAGACAGCCUUAAAAGCACUGGACAGAAGCGAGAUAGGUGGUAAAUGUAUAAAGCUCGAACUUAGCCGUCCUGGAGGAGCACGUCGAGUCUCAACAAGUCAAGAUUUGGACAGAAACGAAGUUACAAAUUUCUUCAGUCAAGUAGCUAAUUCUCCACCAAGUAACUGGCCAGUUGGCAGUCCUGUGAAGGGCUCUCCUUCUCAUGCCUUUCCAAGGCCACAUGGUCUAGGUAUGGCCAUGCCAUAUAACUCAGAUAAUAUGCCUGGAUUGGCUUCAAUUCUCCCUGGCCAGCCUUCUCGCUACCAAGGGCUAUUAAACCAUCCAAACCAAACUAUUCUGAAGAAGGGAUUGAUGCACAACGUUGCCUAUGGGCAACCUCAUUCGUUGCCAGAUCAUAUAGGAGGUGGAAUUUCCAACUCCAUGAGGUUUAUAGCUCCACACUCUUCAGGAUUUGGGACUUCUUCUGAUAACCGCUAUCGCUGGGGAAGCCCUCCUCAGCAAAUGAACUAUCCUGGCUACACUGGUGCCUCUUCAUCAUCAUUUAAUGAACGUCCUUUUGCUGGUUUUCCAUUUUCUGAGAGGCAAGGUUCAUUACUUGGGAAGUACCAACAUCAUGUUGGCUCUGCUCCUUCAAGUAGUCAUUUUAAUACCCAUAUGAAUCGCUACAUAGGAUCACCAGAGACGUCUUCUCUGUUACCUCAUGGAUUUGGUGAUAUGGGUGUUAACAAAAGCUAUAUCAAUGCUCAUGGAAAAGCCAACCUUGGUGUGAACUUCACUGGCUUUGGCUCAGUACCUUUUGGUGGGAGUAGAGGAUUACAAUCAGUAAGACAUGAACCUUUUGAGACUCAACUCACAGAUGGUGGGAGGUAUCAUAUUGACUUGGAUAAAAUUGCUACUGGAGAUGAUACUCGGACUACAUUAAUCAUUAAAAACAUCCCAAACAAGUAUACUUACAAGAUGCUAGUGGCUGAGAUUGACGAGAAGCACAAAGGAGACUAUGACUUUCUUUGCUUACCUAUAGAAUUUAAGAAUAAGUGCAACAUGGGUUACGCUUUUGUGAACAUGGUUUCUCCAUUGCACAUUGUUCCCUUCCAACAGACCUUCAAUGGUAAAGUGUGGGAGAACUUCAACAGUGGGAAAGUUGCUUCACUAGCAUAUGCAGAGAUCCAAGGAAAGUCUGCACUUGCUACAUACAUGCAGAAGAAUCCAAGUCCUAUGAAAGACGAGAAGCAAUUAUUUCCACAAGUUUCCCACCAUAAUGAUGAUGGUCAAGACUCUAAUGAUCAGGAACAACCUUUUUCAAGCAUUUGGAACAUAACAACGCAUGAUCCAGAUUGGUCUUACAAGAAUUAUAAGAACGUUAACUCCAAGAACAUUGUAGAAGAAGAGUCUUCUUAA